AUGCAUUCAGUUACGACAAAGUUCUCGCAUGAACCAGACACAAGUGCGCGCGCGUCCGAACUGCCAGAACGGCCCCAGAGUGUUGUUGCUGUUGGCCAGAAGUACACUCCUGCUGACCGCCGACACCGCACUCAGAACGCGCGAGACAUAGCCAGAAGCCAUGAGGGGGUGUGGUGUGGUGUAAUGCAAGUUAUAGCCGUUGUAGUACCGUCUCAUCUUCACUGUCAUCUUCUAGCAACUGUUACUCUCUCUAUAGUUCUGUUGUGAGCCGUUGCCGUCACCGGUUUCGACGUUGAUGUUUCUCGCAAGAUCUACUGUGUGUUCUAGUAUAUCUCUAGUAGUUGUACCCCCCCGUAACAGAAGAAACCGAUGUCUUCGUCAUAGCUGUUGUACAGAGUGCGAUCGAGCGAUUUAGAGUUAAGGUUCCGUGCGAGCGUUUCGGAUUGUACGGUGUUAGUGCGUUAAGGUCAACUAGAAAGUGCUUUGCUUUGCUUAGUUCCAGCUUGAGGUAAUGGAACCACUAUCGCGGAGAUAGUGCAGCAGUACUGUGCUGUCGUCGUCGUCGUCGUAGUGGGUAUCAAGUGCUGGGCCAAUAAUCGCUUAGCUAGAAAUGUAGUUUGGUUCUAGAAGUGGCACAGCAGUGUUUGUGCGACAGUGUGCAGUGGAACGCGAGCACGCGAUCGAGUAAAGUAAUAAUUAAUUUCGAAAAAGUACAGAAAGUAAGAGUGUGCAAGGUUGUCGCAGUGGUUCGAUGUGUGUUGACGAGCGAUCGACGAUUGUUCGCCGGCUGGAUCGAUCGUGAGUGUGUUGUUCAGAGUGAGAGCGAGAGUCGUGGAAGUCACGUGAAACGCUGAUCGAGCAGAAGAUCUGCCGAGUCUGCAGAUCUAGAUCAAACGGGCUAGCAUCUGUCGCUAGAGCUUCCGUCCAAGCCGGGGAUCAUCCAGCGAUGCUGAGCCAGCAGAAGCAGCUGAAGCUGUGAACACUCGGUGCAGAGGCGUUCGCGAGAUGUAAAUACGCAUAAAUUCGAGAGUUCCCACGAUCGUUUGGAAGAGCCAAGCCAGAGCGAGAGUGCGCUCCGGAAACAAACAAACAAUAAUACAGCGGCAGAGUGAAGUGUGUUUAGAAGUGCCGGCAAGAUUUAGUAGUCGUUUAGCCGAGUUCUCCAGGUGUUCUUUAAUUGGUGUAGCAUAAAUAUAAGUAGAAAGUAUCGAUCAGCUGAAUCAGUGUGGUAGUGUAGCGGUGCUUUAGCUGUUCCUGGCGCGGUUUCUUCAACUGAGUAGCCAAAGAAGAAGUAGCGUUCCGAGUUGAUCCGUAGUCAAGUGCUUAGUAUCUCCAGUGUAACGAGCCGACGCCGCCGUAAAGAAGAAGAAGAAGCAUUGCGGCGAGUUCUGGGCCCGUUUCAAGAGUUGUUGAUGGCUUCCAGCCGUAUUGCUGCUACGCGGUGAUCGCUGCGCUGCUGCUUGCGGAUUAAGUGGUGACCCUGGAGCAGGAGCAGGUUGCGACUUCGGAGGACGCAGCAAUUCGCUCAACGCAGCGGAUAAGGAGACAGAAGUGUCGCUGCUUCGGGCAGGCGGCCAAGUCUGCGGUCUGGCGCUAUUAGCAUAUUAAAAGUGCGUGCAAACUAUCCGACAAAAAUAGGGCCGACCGGCUUGCCCGUCCACGAAUGUCGCUGCUGGGGAAGCCGCUCAACUAUAACCGGGGGUCACGGCGUGAUGCCCGUUAUAGGCGGCUGCAGAGCAGGGUCUACAACUUUCUGGAGCGGCCACGGGGCUUCAGAGCGAUUUUCUACCAUGUCUGUGUAUUCUUCAUGGUGUUCACAUGUUUGGCCUUAAGUGUCUUCUCAACUAUUCAGGAAUACGAGGAACAAGCAAUCGCCAUCUUAUUCGUCAUGGAAAUUAUCGUAGUUAUAUGGUUUUCGAUCGAGUUCUUCCUACGACUGUGGUCAUCGGGAUGCCGCUCGCGAUAUCAAGGAGCCAUGGGAAGGCUGAAAUUUUUAAAAAGGCCUUUUUGUAUUAUAGAUAUAGUUACGAUAAUUGCGUCGAUAGUGGUGCUAGUGAUGGGCACGUCCGGCCAGGUCUUUGCGACCAGUGCAUUGCGUGGCCUGCGGUUCUUCCAGAUCCUGCGGAUGGUGCGGAUGGACCGGCGCGGCGGCACGUGGAAGCUGCUCGGGAGCGUCGUUUAUGCUCACAGACAAGAAUUAAUUACAACGUUGUACAUAGGAUUCUUGGGCCUUAUUUUUGCCUCGUUUUUAGUGUAUUUGAUGGAGAAGGAUGUGGAUAAAACCAAAUUCAACAACUUUGCUCAAGCCUUGUGGUGGGGUGUGAUAACGCUCUGCACGGUCGGAUACGGCGAUAUGGUGCCGGAAACGUGGCAGGGGAAAAUUAUUGCAUCGUUUUGCGCCUUACUCGGAAUCUCGUUCUUCGCCCUGCCGGCGGGCAUCCUCGGCAGUGGCUUUGCCUUGAAAGUACAACAGCAACAGCGGCAAAAGCACAUGAUCCGGCGCCGCCAGCCAGCUGCCACGCUGAUCCAAUCGCUCUGGAGAUGCUACGCAGCGGACGAACACUCGCUGUCGGAAGCGACGUGGAAAAUUCACCAAGUACCUCUUCCCAGCCCGCCGCCAUCCUUUCGUGGUCAAAAAAUAUACCUCCUGGCCAAACGAUGUCCAAGUGCCACGGAAAGAUCCAAACUGGAAGCUGCCGAAAAACUGGCCGCCGCUUCCAGCGCCGCGCGGGCGUCGUCGAGCUUCAAGCACAACGCCUCGUUCGUGGCCCGGCUGCCCACGAUCCGGCGCCACAAGAGUCAAUCGCUGCACUCGCCGGGCAACGCAAAGCCCCCGAGCGGAAGUGGCCGGUCCGGGCGGUGCCCCCGCGUCACGGACAUCAACGCGUCCUCGGAGAACCUGGAAGUGACCAACAACGGUAGACCGAUGAAUCCCAGUCUCAGUGAAGACUCGGUCGCGGAAACAGCACUGUCCAAGAAAAAUUCCGAUGCGGAUCUUGAGAUGGCGUCGAUGUCGUCGAUUCCCGGCACGGCCGUGGUGGCCAAUGUCACCGCCAACGACUUGGUCCCGGGUCGGGGCUUCUUGUCCACGGCCAGCCUCUGCCACACGGCCUCACGCCGGUCCAGCUUCGUGAGCGGAAUUUUCUCCGGGUCCGGGACGCAGCGCCGUGGCAGCUCGAACGAAAACAACGGGUCACACCCCGGCGGGGACCGUAACAACGAGGAUGAGGAACCGAGAUGUGUGCAGCUAACGAACCAACACAAGGGGGCCAUCCGUUUCAUCCGAAAGAUGAAGUACUUUGUAGCGCGACGCAAGUUCAAAGAGGCGUUGAAGCCGUACGACGUGAAAGACGUCAUGGAGCAGUACGCAGCCGGACACGUCGAUCUGCUCGGCCGAGUGAAGAAUGUUCAAACUAGGUUAGACCAAAUUCUUGGCAAACAAGGAUCCAAAUCAAAAGAUGUGUAUGCAUCGAAAAUUAGUUUAGCUUCUCGGGUAGUGAAAAUUGAAAGACAAGUUGACGACAUAGAGACAAAGGUAGACACGUUUAUAGAGUUAUACAUGCAGGAUCGGAAGCGCCUUUUAUCACUUCCACUCCAUCCUGACUCAUCACAUUCCAACAAUCCAAACCUUCCAUCGUUGCCACCGAAAGGGGGCGGAGCAGCGGCUGUAAUCACAUCUGUGACAAGUAGUUCUAGUGGUUCGUUAAAACCAAAACCUAUUUUAAUAGAUAAACAAUUUUCGGAACCAAAUUCACCGAUCGCGAAAACAUUCGAGGAGCCAGUCCAACACCAGAGACGUCCACCGAUGCAGCGCGGGUUCUCCGACCUGGGGCAUAGGAUCAAGAAGCGGGUUACGUUAAGCUCCAUACCGCCACAGUACGUGGGCAACAGCACCGGUUCGGCGAGUGACCGCGGUGACGUCGUGAUCGUCGUGCCCAACCUCGACGCGGACCAGCUAGACCACGCCGUCGGCAUCGAGGAGCUGGCCUCGGUCUGCAUCGACACCGAGAUCGAGAUCGAGCCGGGCAGCCCGAAAACCAUCACCGAAAGCUCAAUAAUCAUGAUGGACGAGGAAGACGACGAAGACGACGAGGAAGAGGACAUCGAGGAGGAAGAGCUGGACAUCAGCGGUGAGCUGCUCGAUCCGGACCCGUGGGACAUGUACGGCGAGCUGGACGUCGAGGACCAGGAUGAAACGACGGAGAAUACCGCCCUGCUGCGGGCGGCCGCCAAAACCGAGAUCAUCGUGACGCCGAUCAGUCCGGUCAGCUCGGCCUUCGACCUCAGCCGGAUGGACAGCGGUGAGGAGUACCGACGCCAGCCACGCCAGCUGACGAUGGCCACGACUACGGCAAACGGCGCCACGACCAACAAUAACGGCGACGGCGACGAUCGGCUGCAGCUGACCUCCUCGGACGCAGCAGCAGCCUCUACCUCCACCUCAACCGGAGUUCCCGUUCCGAUGGACUCGCUCAAGCCCGAGAUGCCCCUCCAGCAGCAGCAGCAACAGCAACAACAGCAGCACAAGCGAAUCGCUUCCGAAGACAUAUGAGAAUGGCUGAAACUGUCCCCCAUGGUCCCAUCAUUUAGUUGCCGCCACCGUUCCAGCUUCUUCCACGAGCACCUUCCCCCGAUCCUGGCCCGCCUUCGGACUCUACUGGUGACCACGUGGUCACAGCGCUGCCACCAUGCCGGAUUCGUUUGCUGAGUUCAACCCGAGCCAAAUUCCUCCAUUGCUUCUAGGUUUUAAUCACAAAUCGACACACUCAAAAAAAAAUACGCACACAUGAACAAACAUUUUAUGAGAAUUACGUUAGGUUUUAACUCAAGCUUACAUUUUUAAAUUAAAUUUAGUCAACAAAAUGUUCUCGAAUAACCGUACCGCAUGCUUUAAUACAUAGAUUUCAUAAACAUUUUAGAACAUUGUAGAUCAUAAAAUUGCUUUUGUUUAAUUAAAAAUAUGAACAUUGUGAGUGAAUGACUUUGUGGCUUUGUCAAAUUUCCUUUCGAUUGAUACACUUCUUCAUUUGUAGUCUUUAAAAUACAUCAAAUCUGUCAAAGUUCAAUGAAUUAGAAUUCAUCUGAGUUUACAUCAAAUUCACUAAAAUUUUGCAGUGAUUUAAAGUAAUUUUUAUCUUGGUUUGGGUCUUCUUUAAUUUUCUUUAGUUGGAAUACAUUUUUCUACAUUUUUUUGAAUUUUAAAUGUAUUGGAUUGUUUCAGAACUUAAAGAAAGGGAGCGUUCUUUUAAAACGCAGUUGGGGUGAGGGUGGUCAAAGUCCAUGUUGCGCUCCAAAUUUUGUUACGAGGGGACAGGGAGUCUGAAAAUCCAAAUUUUUGCGUCGCGCAAUAAAAGAACGCUCCCAAACUAAACAAUAAUUUGUACAAAAAAAGUUUACGCUCAGCAGAGCUUAAAUCAAAAUUUGUUCUUAGAUAAAUUUUCAAUGAUAAUCCAUGCAUAAAUCUUCUUGUUUAGAAACAUUGACUAAAAAAAUAUCGGACAUGAAUUCAAUUUUACCUUUGAUAAAUCUCAAGUAAAUCCUUCACAAUGUUUAACACGCAAAUCACAAACUUAAAAAUUUAGGCGUUUUAUCAAAUACAGCAUAACAAUUAAAUUGUUUCCAUCCACCCUUCAUGACCAAAUUACUUAAACACAUUUCAUUCUAAGCUACUUCACAAAUAUUCCACUUUGCUGAAAAAGUGCACACAAAAAAAUAGGUUUGUGUUUUAUGUUUAAAAUGCUCCAAAUACAUGAUUUCAUUUUAAGUUUCGCAAAAAAGCACAAAAUGACAACGUUUUAAGUAAGUUCAGUAUUGUUAACACCCUUCAUGAUAUUAUUAGGCCAAUGUAGCUAAUUUGGCAAUCGAGCAAUGUUACAAAAAUCUUUAAAAUUCAACCAGAAAAAAUACUCUAGAAAACGACGAUCCCCAAGAUUGCAAUUAGUCACAAUAAACGCGAGAUCAAAGUGAUACAAAACGGAAUGUUUAACGUAAAAUCGCAAAACAGCUAGAUUGUUACUAGUGAUUUAAAAUGCUCUCCCCCUCAUGAUUUAGUUUGUGCUGUGGUUCAUGUUACGAUGCAAAUAUUAAAUCUAACUAACAAAAAUCAAAAAGGCCAAAACGGAUUUCGACAAAAAAAUAGGUAACAAAAUAACGAGCAGUUAUAAAUAGCUAAGCGCCCACACGGAGACAAAACGGAACAAUUCGAAAUGUAAGGUAGUGAAAGGCAAAAAUUGAAAUGCAAACAAAAAUGUCAAUUAUUAAUUAUAAUGCUUGUAGACGAAAGCGGAAACAGUUUCGACGAAGCGCAAACUAGUAUUAUCUUGUAGAUGGGCCAGGUUAUUACAAGAACCGUUCUCGCUGGUUUCAGGGUGCUCCCAAACUGCAGUGCACCCCGCUAAAAGUGCUUCGCGUUCUAGACUCGCUGUUUUUCUUGCUAGUGGAAUUUUGCAGGGAACUUUUCGAACUCAGACAGUUAGAAUUCAUUCAAAUGUGCACCAUUUGAUAGAAAUUCUUUUGAGCCCUCAGAGUUCGAAAUUUGUGGCGAAAAAGACAAACCUAAAAAUAAAUAAUUUCACUAGCAACAGAAAACACAAAUAAACGGGACGCAAUCGCUUUUCGAAUUAUAACAUUCUUCCAAAUGAAGCAGAAAUUCGAAACGAACAGAGCCAUAAAAAUUCGGAAUUGAACUGCGCUGAAAUUACGAUGAAUUCACAAACCAAACUGAAAGACAAACCUGUAGAACAUACAUUAUUAGCAGCGAAAGAGAGUAAAAUAACAAGACAAUAAAAAAAAGAAGUAAUUUCUUUGCGAGAACAUUCAAGCAAAACACGAGUUACUAACGGAUCGGCUACUGAAAAAAAUGAAAAAGAAACGUUAACAUGUUAAGUAUUCGCGCUGUACAGUACGGUAACAUUUUAAGAAGGCGAAAGACGAAAGUUCAGUAGAAUUUUUAUAUUCGUUACGUUUUCAUAUCCUUUAUUAGCCGAACGCAGUUUAUAGAUAUUGUUAGAGUCUAGCACACCCCCUUACAAGAAAGGCAAGUACCGUUAUAGGAUUCAUCUUUUCUGUUAGUUUUACAGAUUAUUAAGUUUACUUUCUAUUUUUAGUGUUACGUUUCUUAUUAUUCUUAGGAAGUUAUAAAAUACAUUUUCACUAUUUCUUUAA